AUGUCAGCUGAGAGGAAAGCAGCACCGUCUUCGUCAAGGGUGAUCUUCGUGGUCUUUAUCCUCCUGCUGCUGGACCUUCUCGGGUUCACCCUCAUCCUGCCGCUGCUGCCCUCCAUCCUGGACCACUACGCGCAUACUGAGGAUGCCGUCUAUCAGACACUCCAGAGCUCCGUGGACGUCUUCAGAGAGGCCCUCGGUAUUCCUAUGGAAAAGAAGUUUAACAGUGUCCUGUUCGGAGGUUUGAUGGGCUCCGUUUUUUCCCUGCUGCAGUUCCUCGCUUCUCCCAUCACUGGAGCUUUGUCGGAUCGCUACGGCAGGCGACCUUUACUUCUACUUACUACAGUGGGAAUCGCGUGCGGCUACGUUGUGUGGGCUCUGUCCCGGAGCUUCGCCAUGUUUCUUUUGUUCCGGGUGAUGGCCGGCGUUUUCAAAGGCAACGUCAGCCUCUGCACCGCCAUUGUGGCCGAUUUGGCCGACCCCAAAGCUCGGAACCGCGGGAUGGCUGCCAUUGGCGUGGCAUUCUCUGUGGGCUUCACGGCGGGACCUCUGAUGGGGGCCUACUUGUCAAGCGGCUCGCAGAGCACCAGACACCUCUUCUUCCAGACGCCGGCGUUGCUGAGCUUGGCUUUCAGCGUGGCCGACCUCCUUUUCAUUUGGCUCAUGCUUCCCGAAACACUCAGCAUGAAUGCUAAGGCUUCCCAUUCUGGCUUUGGGGACUUUAGAGAUCUGCUCAGUCCAUUGGCUUUGUUUAACUUCUCGGCCGUCACCAGAAGUAAAGCUCCGCCCUCAGAACAAAAAAUGCGGCGGCUGAAACUGUUAGGCCACGUUUACUUCUGCUACCUCUUCCUGUUCUCCGGCUUGGAGUUCACACUGAGUUUCCUCACGCACCAACGCUUCCACUUCACCAGCAUGCAGCAAGGGAAAAUGUUCUUCUUCAUCGGCGUGACCAUGGCAUCCAUCCAGGGCGGAUACGCACGGCGAAUCAAGCCUGGACAUCAUGUCAAAGCUGUCCGCAUGGCCAUCGCCGCACUCAUUCCAGCAUUUAUUCUCAUCGGAAUCUCGUGGAACGUCACUAUGCUUUAUGUGGGCUUGGCACUCUAUUCCUUUGCAGCGGCAGUCGUGGUCCCGUGCCUCUCCACGUUGGUCUCUGACCACGGUUCAGCUAGUCAGAAAGGAACAGUGAUGGGCAUCUUACGCAGUCUGGGCGCCUUGGCCAGAGCCCUGGGGCCUGUGACGUCAUCAUCCGUUUACUGGCUAGCCGGCGCACAGACGUGUUUCCUGGUCACGUCAGCCUCCUUUCUCGUCCCUUUAAUUCUGCUGAGCACAGCCUGA